AUGGAUCCAAUACGCAAGAAAUUGCUCAUAGCAGCAUUUACUAUACUUUGUUUUUCAUUUACUGCAAUUUUAUUGUCUUUGGUUUGCUUGUGGAAGAUUCAUAGGAAGAAGAAGAAGAACAAUUCAGAAAAACUACUUACUCAGGCUGAUGACCACAGCCUUGAAGAUGCUGAGAAGGGGGUUGCAUUAUCACCAUCAUCAUUCUUUGCUAAAUGCAAUUCAUUGUGUACACUGUCACUCAAAGGAUUUGCUUCAUUUAUUGAUUAUAAAAUGAUUGAGAAAGCUACUAAAAAUUUCGAUAAAAUCAACAUAUUGGAUGAGAGUGGAUUUAAACUUGUUUACAAGGCCAUACUUGAUAAUGGUACUGAAGUUGCUGUGAAGAAGGUGUUUUGCUUAACUAAGGGUAUACAAAGAGAAUUUGAGAAUGAGGUGAAAUUAUUGAGCAGAUUUCAUCAUUCCAAUGUAAUUUCUUCUUAUGGAUAUAGCAUCGAAAAUGAAACAGGGUUUGUUGUGUAUGAAUUGAUGCACAAUGGUUCCUUGGAAACUCAAUUGCAUGGACCAUCUCGUGGUUCUCAGCUAAGUUGGCAUAGGCGACUGAAGAUAGCUCUUGAUAUAGCAAGAGGAUUACAGUAUUUGAAUGAGCUCUGCAUCCCACCCAUCAUCCAUAGAAAUUUAAAACCCUCGACUAUACUAUUGGAUUCCAACUUCAAUGCUAAGAUCUCAGACUUUGGUAUGGCCGCUGUUGUUGCUGGUGGUGGUGGUGGCAAGGAAGGCGGGCUUAGUAGAAGUCUUAACUUUUUGGGCAAAACAGGCCCAAUAGCUCCAGAAUCCAUUUUGAAUGGUAUAUUAACAGAUAUGAACGACGUUUAUGCUUUUGGUGUUAUACUUUUGGAACUUGUAUUAGGAAGAAAGGCUUUAGAAAUGUCGGAAGUAUCAGGGCAGGAAUGCCUUGUAAGAUGGGCCAGGGCUGUGCUCACCGACAGACAUGUCAUGCCCAAUGUUGUGGAUCCCGUGAUCAGAGGCACCAUGAGUGUCAAACACUUAAACCAGGUUGGGGUGAUAGCUUAUCUAUGCCUUGAAGACGAGCCAAAAUAUCGCCCAUUGAUAACCGACAUUUUGAACUCUCUGGUCCCUCUUGUUCCCGUGGGGCUUGGAGGGACAUUAAUAGUUUAGCUGCGACUCUUUUCAAAGUAGGUUUAGUUUCUGAAUUAUCUC